AUGGCUGCUAACCCGCUGACACGAUGCUGCACUCUUGGUACUCUGCAUGAAGGUGAAGCGGAAGGCGAAAUCAAAAAUAUCAGUGACAUCUCAACUUAUUUCACCUAUCCACGUGACAAGUCAACUGAAGACGCUAUACUUAUCAUCACCGAUGUAAUGGGUCACAAGUUCAUCAAUGUGCAGCUCAUUGCGGACAAAUUCGCUGAAAUGGGCUAUUUUGUUGUCGUGCCAGACAUGUUUCACGGCGACUCCGUGCCUCUUAACCGUCCCGAGGGCUUCCAGAUCAUGGAAUGGUCGAAGAACCACCAGCCAGUUCAUGUUGAUCCUAUCAUCAAUAUCGUUCUCAAGGAAAUGCGGGAGAUUCUGGGGUGUAAGCGUAUCGGUGGUGUAGGAUAUUGUUUCGGCGGGAAGUACGUCUGCCGGUACUUGAAGGAUGGCAAGUUCGACGCUGGAUUUAUCGCCCAUCCGACCAUGCUUACGAGUGAGGAAUUGGCAUCUAUUGAGCGCCCGCUGAGUGUGGCCGCGGCAGGGCGAGAUUUUGUGUUCACGACACAGAAGCGCCAUGAGAGCGAGGACAUCUUGGACAAGUUAGACCCAGUUCCUUACCAGAUUAAUCUGUAUUCUGGGUAG